AUGGGGGACCUCUGCAGACUCAGGGUGGUCCUCAGACCUCCUGACCUCAUCUGGGUUAGCCCUUUAGGACCCUCACCACAGACAGUCCAGUCCACCAUAGAACCAGGUCUGACCCGGAUCCUGCCCCCCCGUCAGACCUCCUGUGAAGUUCUCCUCGGUCAGACUCUGAGACCCCCGUCAGUCUGCCGGUCUUUAAGUCUGCUGGAUUAGAGAGUCCUCUUUAUCAGACCCUCCUGGAUCAGGUUCUGAGGACUUCUUUUUUCCUUUAAACCCUUAAAUGUUAAUCCGCCGCCGUUUCACCGCCGUUUCACCGCCGUUUCACCGCCGUUUCACCGCCGUUUCACCGCCGUUUCACCGCCAUCGCUCCUUUCUCAGUCUGAGUUUCUUUAACUUCCUCAUCGCCAUGGUAACAGACCCAGUCAUGGUCAGAGUCUGAAUCCUUUGGGGUCUAAUGAGUCCGGGUUAAAUCUGGACUCAGAGCAGGUUUAGACCCCCCCCCACACACACACACACCUCUGAGUUUGUUUUUUUCUUCGGAAAAAGCCGAUCUUUUUCUCCGAGCGUCUUUUUUUUCCCGUCGCAGUGAUUCUGCGUCUGUUUGAUGUUUGUUCUGAUGCGGACUGACUCUGAUGGACCCGGAUCAGCAGAGUCAUGAUCCCUGGUUCUCCUCCUCAGAACUGAAGCAGUCAGGAGGAGGGGUGCGCCUCCUGUUCUUCUGCUCCUGUCCUCCUCCUCCUCCUCCUCCUCCUCCUCCUCACGUGCUCCUCCUGUAGAAGAUAAGUCACGCUCAUGUUACUCCGACUGUUUGGAUGAAUUCUGCUUUAAAGAUGAACUCUGGGCUUCAGCUGGACCUGGUUCUGGACCGGAACCUUCAGCCGUACCUCAGCAGACCCGGACUCUGACCCGGACUCUGACCCGUGUCUCUGUAGCAGCUCUUCUGUUCGAGGACACGCUAAGAAACCGGACGCUUUAA